UGCUGCUGCUGCAAAAGCAACCAUCCCAAAGAGCAUGCGACGUUUGUUUGUGCUUGUUGGGGUGCUGGCGCUGGCGGUGCUGCUGUGCGCGAGCGAGCUGCACCUGGUGCACGCACACGGCGAUGGCGGAGACGAUGGCGAAGAAGAAGGCCGCGGUGGUGGUGGAGAGGGUGGAAGCAGCAGCACCUGCCCUUCCUCAAUCGACCCCGACGACACGGUCGAAGUCAAGUCGUGUUCGGCCGGCAGUGCGUUCAUUGUGACACAGGGCAUGUUCAGCACCAGCAACGGCGACGACUACGCCAUCGACGCCACAGGUGCAUGCAAUCACAUUGACGUGCAAGCAACAAGCUUCGACGACUUUGAGCUCAACAUCAAGAGCGGCGCAGAGAUCGACACCAUCGUCUUCACAGGCAUGACAGCCGUCGACGACAUGUACAUCUUCGUGGACGGCGACGUGUCGUCGAAGAUUGAGUUCCCAAACCUGCAAUCCGUGGACUGUCUCCGGAUUGAGGCGGCGGUGGAUGUGCCCCUCAUCUCCUUUCCCUCCCUCAAAGCUGCGACCAACAUCCACCUGGAAACGAAGAACGACGCCUCCCUCAGCGUCACCAUUGGAUCAAAUACGUCUCACACGUUCGAGUCCGCGAGCGAUGUGGACAUGGAGAUUGAUGGCGACAUGAACUUGAAGCUGUAUGGCAAGUGUGGUUCCAUUGGCGCGCUGAACAUGGACCGGAGCAGCGGUUCCGGAACGGCAGAAUUCUUCCACAUGCGCGAAGUGGCAGAUAUCUCGCGCAGCAGCUUCGAAUGCAAAACGUACUGGGACGGCGCAUUCAAGUUCGCAUCCAGCUUGCUGAACAGCAACUGCCAAGUCGGCGUAACAACCAUUGUACCCUCUGUGGCGCCAUGGACAAGCUCAACUGCCUCCGCAGCCAGUACUACAACAACCACAGCGUCAAUGUCAACGUCCAUGUCCCCCGCAGCCCUCCCCAAUGUCCCCACCGACUUCAUUGUUGGCGAUGAUGUAUAUGCGGUCAACGCUGGCGACAGCAACUCGUACACAGACACAGAGGGCCGCGUGUGGCAGCCCGCAGGCUCCUACAUCCAAGGCAGCACGUUCGUCCAGAGUAUCAACAUCGCCAACACAAACGACGACACCCUCUACCAGUCAGAGAAGUACGCAAGCACGCUCAGGAUGAACUUCCCCGUGACUCGCAACAAGUGGUACCGCGUGUUUCUCCACUUUGCUGACAUCUGCGAAUGCACCGACCAGCCUGGAGAGCGCGUCUUUGACAUUUACAUCGAGGGCACGCUUGUGGAGAGUAACGUGGACUUGACCGACAGCGUUGGGUGGGCCACGGCCACGGUGAAGGUGUUUGAUGUGUACGCGGGUGACACGAACCUCGACAUUGACUUCACCAGCUCUGCAAACAAUGGCAAGAUCACGUCGCCCUCAGAUCACAUGGACCUCACAGCGUCAACGUCCGCCUCAGCGCCACCGACCACAUCUGACGCACAAGAGUCGACAACUGCGACCACAGUCAGCUCAACGCCCCCCAACCAGAACAUCAACCCACAAACGAGCCGCAGCGGCAGCGGCAGCACGGACAUGACGACCAUCAUUGUCGCCGUCGUCGCUGGCGCCAUCGGUCUCAUCGCCGGCAUCCUGCUUGCGGUGUUUGUUCGCCGCCGGAAGAAGCGUACACGGCUGUCCAAGACCCGCACCACACCACCCGUCUCCAUGAACCCAACGUACGAAGAGUGCGCGAGCGACAAUGACGGGCUUGCUGGCGGCAAGAUGAACAUGGCCAUGUUCGACUACGAGUACGCUGACCCGAACGAGUGCCGCACGUACGAACAACCUGUGGUCGGUCACCUCGCGCAGCUGCACAAAGGUUCCGCCUGGGCAGAAAACGCCUAUGCCAUGCCUGCUUCACAGCCCAUCCAGCACGCGAAAGCCAAUGAAUACGAGGUGCCUGUGUCCUCGGCAGCCAAGCACACUGCAGCAGCAAGCACGACGGUGUACGACAUGGCCUCACCCGACACACCUGCAGCUACAGCGCCUGAGUAUGACUUGGCCUCACCCCACACAACUGCAGCUACAGCGCCUGAGUAUGACUUGGCCUCACCCCACACAACUGCAGCAACAGCGCCUGAGUAUGACAUGGGUGACGAGGGUACGGGAGAUGAUGCCUACGCGACAGUCGCCCCUCCUGGCUGCACAUAUGACAACGUGGUGCUGUCAAAGACUGGGGAGCAGAGGAUGCAGUUAAACGACGCAGAUGACUUUGGGUUCGAUGCAUGAAGUGGCACAAAGAUGAUGGCUUGUCGCAGCAUAUCAUCUCGAUUGUGUGUGUGUGUGUGUUGAUUUUUUUGUUGCUCGUGAUGUUGUUGAUCUGUUUGCAUUGCGUCCACCCUCUCGAAUGCGUACUCGUGUUUCCAUUGCAUGCGCGCGUCUUCUUUCAGUCUUCUUCAUUUGCUCUUUCCUCCCUUUGACUUUCUUGCUUGUUUUGUCGUUCAGUGUCGCUCUGACUGCUGAAAUUGUAUCCUCGUUCCUAAGCACGAAAUUGCCUGCUGUUCCACGUUCCACCUUUCCUUGCUGCGUUGCCCGAGCCCUGCUUUCUUUUUAAGUAUCGUUGGUGAGUUGCAUCAUGUUUCAAACAUGCCUUCUGUUCUGCUCUUGUGGUUUACUUCAUAUCAGUUCUGUUCCAUUACACGCGCUUACAAGCAGUCACAGAACC